GUUGUGGGGACGUGAAUGUCAUACGUGCGUGCCAAGUGGAACAGCCACAGCGAGCACCACCACCACCACCACGUACUUUCCCUCGUAUUGGAGCGUCGGUGUCGCGGACUCUUGUGCCCCACCCACCACCUCAACUCCGGAUCCUCGAGGAGAUCGACGAUGGGAGUUGGUGGGAGCUGCAAACGGCAGCGCCUGUCGCGGCAGCAGCCUGGACGACAACUCUCCGAGCCACUACGAAGUGGUGACGGCAAAAGACAUCGAGGAGUGCAAAACACGAUGCUGGGAGCAAUUCCCGAGUUGCAAAGGCAUAGAGUACAGCACUGGCCGUUGCGAGCUCUGGACACGACCAGGGGGGAUUUUCAUGACGAGGAAUCUCAGUGGCUUCACCUGCAUGCGCUAUGGAUGGGCCGGAGCCUUCCACCUGCAGAAGGAGUACAGCAAUAACCGCUACCUGUCAUACGCAUGUCGUGGAAACGAUCCGGCUGACACUGAUCCAAGUUACUAUACAGUGGUAUCCACAACACUUAUUCAGGAUUGUCGAGCCAGGUGCGUCGCAGCACCCGUCUGUCGCGGCUUCGAGUUCACAAAGGGCCGAUGCGAGAUCUGGAAUCGCAGGAUCAACGAUGUCUCUCGGAGGCCCUACUCCCCGACACACCCAGAGUACUUCUGCUUCAGCUAUUCGGCCGGCCUGCGAGAGAAGGACCUCAUCGGAGAUCGAGCUUGGGAAACCCUGGGCUCUCCAGGCAAUUCGGCCUGUCGAGGGGACAGUGAUACCGACAGUGCCCCGGGCCACUACACGGUGGUACAGUCGUGGAGCUUGGAAGACUGCCAAGCUUGGUGCGUGAAGGAGUUCCCUCGUUGUCGAGGCGUUGAAUACAGCGCGGGCCGCUGUGAGCUCUGGACCAGGCCGGAGGGGAUCUUUCUCACCAAGAGUGUCAGUGGCUUCACUUGCAUGCGCUUCGGAUGGGUGGGGAGCUUUCAGUUGAUGGGUGGCGGCGACCGAGCCUGCCGUGGCUACCAUCCCGGCGACAACUCCGACAGCAACUAUGUUGUGCACUGGCGAAUCUCGUUCGAGGAAUGCAAAGCAAGGUGCGUCGCAUCUCGGCCUAUUUGUACUGGCUUCGAGUUCACAACUGGCCGGUGCGAGGUUUGGACCAAGUCGAUCGAAGCCGUUUCUUCGGGAGUUUUGCCCGGAUAUAGCUGCUUCAAGCGCGUGCAGACGCUCCCACCCUUGCUGUUGUAA